UGACGGUCUGACAGAUGUUAUGAAAUGGGGAAAAGGCCGGUCAGGACGUAGCUUGACAGAAAGCAGGUGGACUUUAUAUUGUUUCUAGGUUAUAGAUGGCAUUAAUAUAGCUUCAGUAUGCACUCCCAGAUCUUCUGCAGCGGCUCUGCUGUGGUCGCUGCCCGCAGAAUGCGCCGAAUCCUGGGUACAGUUCUGGGGAGAGAGGGCUGGAGGAAUCAUGAGGUCAGACUGAUCAACACCAACUCAGGCGACACGGUGAAGAUCGGAGAGCUCUCUUACAAAAUCAAAACACCUCGGAAUCCAGAGCUCGUUCCCGUCAAACACAUUACAGACUCCCUCCCCCAGACGGUGGUUCAUCACCUGCGUUGGAUCAUGCAGAAAGACCUUCUGGGCCAGGAUGUGUUUCUCAUCGGACCCCCGGGACCCCUGAGACGAUCCAUAGCUAUGCAGUACCUUGAGUUGACCAAGCGGGAGGUGGAGUACGUGGCUCUGUCCCGGGACACCACUGAGACGGACCUGAAGCAGAGGAGAGAGAUCCGCUCGGGGACCGCCUUCUACAUCGACCAGUGUGCGGUGCGGGCAGCGACUCAGGGCCGGGUCCUGGUCCUGGAGGGUCUGGAGAAGGCGGAGAGGAACGUCCUGCCGGUCCUCAACAACCUGCUGGAGAACAGGGAGAUGCAGCUGGAGGACGGACGCUUCCUCAUGUCGUCCGAGCGCUACGACAAGCUGCUGCAGGAGCACACCAAAGAGGAGCUGGACGACUGGAAGAUCGUCCGUGUGAGUGAGGACUUUCGAGUCAUCGCGCUCGGCCUUCCUGUCCCGAAGUACAAGGGAAACCCGCUGGACCCCCCCCUCCGCUCCCGCUUCCAGGCCAGAGACGUGUACUACCUCCCGUUUAAGGACCAGCUGGAGCUGCUGUACACAGCGGGACCAAGCAUCGCUGCAGAAAGGGUGUCUCAGCUGCUGUCUCUAGCCACCACGCUGUGCUCCCAGGAGUCGUCCAACCUGGGCCUCCCCGACUUCCCUGUGGACAACCUGCUCCCUGCCCUCCAUGUGCUGAAUGCCUUCCCCAUGCUGUCCUCCCAGCAGCUGGUCCAGAGACUCUACCCGUACAAAAGCAUCCUGGGAAAGGACGGGCGCAACGCUGUGGAGGGCGUACUGAGUAGGUUUGAGCUUCUGGAUGGUCGUCGACAGGCGGCUCCCAGCGCCGUCCUGAGUGUGUCCAGAACCAAGGAGGGUGAAGGUCAUGCAGAUGUUGCAUUGAGUGUUGCAGACAAGGACGUCACCUUUCAGGUCCCAGCAGGCAUCAAGGAUCUGCGUCCCCCUGGCAGCAGCUCCACCUUCAUCAGUACGCCGAGCCACUCCCAGCUGAUGGCCGAGAUGAUGCAGUCCCACAUGGUGAAGGACAUCUGUCUGAUAGGAGCCAAGGGCUGUGGGAAGUCGGUGAUUGCCAGAGAGUUUGCAGAGAUGCUGGGGUACAGCAUCGAGCCAGUCAUGCUCUACCAGGACAUGACGGCCCGAGACCUCCUCCAGCAGCGAUGCACGCUCCCAAACGGAGACACGGCGUGGAGGCCGUCCCCGCUGGUCACCGCCGCCAUGGAGGGAAAGCUGCUGCUGCUGGACGGGAUCCACCGGGUCAACCUGGGCACUCUGGCCGUGCUCUCCAGGUUGCUCCAUGACAGGGAGCUGGAUCUGUACGAUGGGACUCGGCUGCUGAGGUGGGACAGAUACCAGGAGCUGAAGGAACAACUGGAGCUCAGUGACCAGCAGCUGCAAGAGAGGUCAAUCUUCCCCAUUCACCCGUCCUUCAGGGUGCUGGCCCUGGCCGAGCCCCCUGUCGUGGGGUCCAGCAGCAGCAAGGGUCAGCAGUGGCUCGGCCCCGAGCUGCUCACCAUGUUCCUCUACCACACCGUGACCCCCAUGUCCCGAGCCGAGGAGAUGCAUCUCAUCCAGGGCCUGACGUUGAAUGUUCCUGAGGAAGCAGCAGAGCAGCUCCUGCACCUCACACACAGCCUCCGCAAGAUGAACGACCCUACAGCGCAGUCUCUGGCCUCUUCUCUCUCCACCAGACAGCUGCUGAGGAUCUGCCGCCGUCUCUCUCAGUACCCUGAGGAGAGCAUCGCUCACGCCGUCAAUAAAGCCUGUCUCUCUAGGUUCCUGCCCAGCCUGGCCCGUGCGUCUCUGGAUAAAAGCCUCGCUGACUGCUCCAUACAGGACACCCCCGACCCUGCAGAACACACUCGUGACCACAGCUGUUCUGUAAAGGAUGGCGUGUUGACGAUCGGCAGUGUGUCAGCUCCGGUCUACACCCCCACUGAGAAAAUGAAGAUCCCAGAUGUGCUAUUCUAUGAUAAUCCCCAGCACAUGAUGGUGAUGGAGGACAUGCUGAAGGACUUCCUGUUGGGAGAGCACCUCCUCUUGGUGGGAAACCAGGGCGUGGGUAAGAAUAAAAUCGUGGACCGGUUCCUGCACCUCCUGAACAGACCCAGAGAAUACCUGCAGCUCCACAGAGAUACGACGGUGCAGACUCUGACCCUGCAGCCCUCGGUCCGGGACGGCAUCAUCAUGUACGAGGACUCUCCACUGGUGAAGGCGGUGAAACAGGGUCACAUAUUAGUGAUCGACGAGGCCGACAAAGCUCCCACUAACGUCACCUGCAUCCUCAAAACGCUGGUGGAGAGCGGAGAGAUGAUCCUGGCCGACGGACGCAGAAUCGUCUCAGAUGCACGUGAAGCUGAAGGGAGGCCCAACACCAUCGUCAUGCACCCAGACUUCAGGAUGCUUGUCCUGGCUAACCGGCCUGGUUUUCCUUUCCUGGGAAAUGACUUCUUUGGAUCUCUAGGUGAUAUCUUCAGCUGCCACGCUGUGGACAAUCCGAAGCCUCAGGCGGAGCUGGCCAUGCUGAAGCAGUAUGGCCCUGACGUUCCCGAAGCCACGCUGCAGAAACUGGUGGCUGCCUUUGGAGAGCUGAGGUCCAUGGCUGAUCAGGGCACCAUCACCUACCCCUACUCCACCCGAGAGGUGGUCAACAUUGUGAAACACCUGCAGAAAUUCCCCGGCGAAGGUUUGGCAAACGUGGUGCGAAACGUCUUCGACUUUGACUCGUACAACAAAGACAUGCGGGACGUCCUGAUCGAGGCGCUGCACAAGCACGGCAUUCCCAUCGGAGCCAAGCCCAGCUCCGUCAAACUGGCUAAGGAGUUGCCCCUGCCAGAGGUCAAGAUGACGGGCUACUGGACGAUCAACCAAACGGGAAACGCUCGCCGCAAACUCCUCUGUCCCACUGAGACACGGCACAUUGACAUCAAGGGCCCGGUGUUCCUGCGUAUCCAGAGUUACCCCUGCAACCGACAGGAGAGCAGGGCCCUGAGUUUUACUGAGGAGAAAUCCCACUGGCAGAUCCCCAUGAACGAGGUCAACAUCAUCUGCCAUGUCACCACCAAAGAUGAUGUCCUGUACGUGGCCACCUGUAACCCCGUGUCGCUGUACUCCAUGAAGGAGCGCGGGGACACCAUCCAGAGCAUCGAGCUCUACGACGUCUUCCCCCGGACCAUCAGCGGCACCUGGCAGCCCUUCAUCACCGUGGCUCCGCUCGGGAGUCCUCUGGACGGACAGGUGGUGCUGCACGAGGAGCAGAGUAACACAGUGCUUCACAUCGACAUGGUGACGGGCGCCGUGCGGAGGCUGCUGCUGUCUCCAGAGGCAGAGCAGCCCCAAACCAGAGCCUCCAACUGGUGGAGCAGCAAGGAGACGCAGCAGGGAGGACAUAAAAUGUGUCACGACUUCUCCCACAAAAACUGGCUCCUCUUCUAUAAAGAGGAAGGGAACCAGCUGGACGUGCUGGAUGUGCUGGAGGGCCAGGUUCACUCCAUCUCCCUCCCCAUCAACCUGAAGUCAGUGUUCCUGGUGGCCGAGGACCGCUGGCUGCUGCAGGAGAGCAGCAGCAACAAGAAGUUCCUGCUGACGAAACCCAUGCAUAUGUCGGCCGAGGACUCUGGUGUGUGUCAGCUGCACAGCAUCAGUGAGGACUGCGUCAGCUCAGGACAUGGGGCCAGCUCAGCGGAGGAGUCCGUGCCCCAGAUGGUGUCCAGUGAGCAGCUUCCAAACGAGAACCUCAGCGCCGCUCUGGACCAGAAGAUUGUCUCUCCAAACAGAAUUCUGGCCGACAGCAACUCCUUCGCACGGAUCGUCGUCGGCUUCCCAGACCUUGUGUCCCCUAAUGAGGUGUACAGCUUUAAGAGGCCUGUUGACCUAUCAGAGGUGAGGAGUUCUGAGGGCGGGUCUCACAAUUUCCUUCGAGGCGGACUCAGGUCCAGUACGCCUAAACGGAACAACUGUGUCAGCCUGCUCUCGGCCAAUCAGGUGGUCCGAGCCCUCCCCCCAAACAAGGUGCCCCUGAAGGAGGUCUACCCCAAAGAUGUUACACCCCCGAUGACAGCGGCGUACCUGGAGGUGACUGAUCUGAACUCCAAAAAAGUCAAAUAUAUUCCCGUCCCAAGGUCGAUGACCGUGUCCCCGUACACCGGCUGGCUGUCUAAGGUGUCGGAGUCGGACGUAGUUCUUUCUGCUCUGGGCUCUGGUGGGGUGGUCACGGUGGAUAUGGGGGGUUACGUCCGGCUGUGGGAGACGGGACUGGACAGCCUGCAGCGCUCGCUGAUGGAGUGGAGGAACAUGAUUGGGACCGAGGACGGCAGACCUUUACAGAUCACCAUCCAGAGGGACAGCGGUCUGGAUGUCAGCGCCCCGAAACACGGCAAGAUCGACGCCAACAACGCCCCUCACGUCGGGGGGAACCAGUGGGCGGGAGGCACAGGCGGCAGAGACACGGCGGGGCUCGGGGGGAAAGGGGGCCCCUACCGGCUGGAUGCAGGACACAAGGUCUACCAGGUGUCCCAGGCUGAGAAAGACGCCGUCCCAGAGGACGUCCGCAAAGCAGCCCGUGAGAUGGGAGAAAAAGCCUUCAAAGAGCGGCUGAAGGAGAUUAAUAUGAGUGAGUAUGAUGCUGCCACGUACGAGCGCUUCUCCAGCGCCGUCAGCAGACAGGUCCAGUCGCUGCGCAGUCUGGACAGCCUGCAGGCUAAAGGGAAGGAGCGUCAGUGGCUGAAGAACCAGGCUCUGGGAGAACUGGACGACGCUAAGAUCAUCGACGGACUGACGGGAGAAAAAGCUAUCUACAAACGCAGGGGGGAGCUGGACCCUGAGCUGGGCAGUCCUCAGCAGAAGCCCAAGCGCCUGCGGGUGUUAGCGGACGUCUCCGGCAGCAUGUACCGCUUCAACGGAGUGGACGGCCGGCUGGAGCGCUCCAUGGAGGCGGUGUGCAUGGUGAUGGAGGGGCUGGAGAACUACGAGCACAAGUUCAAGUACGACAUCGUGGGCCACUCGGGCGACGGCUACGACAUCGAGCUGGUCAGAGCGGAUAAAGUCCCGAAGAAUAACAAAGAGAGACUCAAAGUCCUCAAGACCAUGCAUGCCCACUCUCAGUUUUGCAUGAGUGGCGACUUCACCCUGGAGGGCACCGACUCCAGCAUCAAGGAGCUGGUGAAGGAGGAGGCGGACGAGCACUUUGUGGUGGUGCUCAGCGAUGCCAACCUGGAGCGCUACGGUAUCCGGCCCGAGCGCUUCGCACAGGUCCUGACCUCCGACCCCCAGGUCAACGCCUUCGCCAUCUUCAUCGGAUCCCUCGGAGAUCAGGCCGAAAGACUCCAGAAGACCCUUCCAGCUGGCAGAUCUUUCGUCGCCAUGGACACCAAACAGAUCCCCCAAAUCCUGCAGCAGAUCUUCACGUCUACGAUGCUGUCCAGUGCCUGAGACUGACACCACACACGCUUCCUUAUCUCACCCAAUCAAGAAAACUUCGUAAUCAGAUCUGCGAGCACGGAGAAACUUCUUUCUGUAUCAGAUUAUUUCAUUUCGUGUGAGCUGAAGACUCGCCUUGAAGGGAUGUUUUUAUUAUUUUACAGAUGCCUUCUGCAGACGUGUUAGCGUGACAGAGUGUAACGAUGAGCAGGGAAUAGUGUGUAUCGUCUGCAUACAGCCUGUGAUCUCAUGUGGAAUCACAGCACUCUGUGUAACUACAGCCACAUAAUGACUGCCUGGAGCCGGGCUCGGACCCCAUGUGGGGAUCAAACACUCGGCCUAACCAGUUGUUAUUUUUUUGGGGCUGACCCUUGCUGACGCACACACACACACACUCAAGCGUCUCCGUCCUGUUUUUAGGUUGUGAGCAACUUUACCCAGAAGGGAAGGGAGGGUCGUGAACUUGGAGCAGCCCCUCUCUCAUUUGGACUUCCUCCUCAUUAAUUGCCUGUCACACACAGAAAAAAGACACACACACGACACCUGACCGACACUUGGAUGAGACGAGCGGUAAUAACUCGGCUGCUCUGGAAUGCUGGGACUGCGCGCGGGGGAAUUUCCCACCUGACUGCACACGCUCUUUAAAGGCAGCCGCUGUUGCAAAACCCCCUGCUGUGUGUGUGUGUGUGUGUGUGUGUGUGUGUGUGUUCCCCCUCAGCAUCUAUGUCAACAUGCACCAGCCCUUUUCCUUCCUGGCUGCCGGACCUCGUGACGCCUGGCGCUCCUCUCAGUACUGUGAGGAAUCUCAGAUUGCCUUUCAUUCCCGGACCCCCCACUCCUCUUUCUAAGACACAAACCCCCCCACCCCCACUCAGAAUCAGAGAAUCAGUGGGAAACUCUCUGACAUGCCUCAAAUAUUGAAUCCUUUCCUCAGUAGGCUGCCAGGUCGUUCGCUGUCAACACUGAAUUUGUGGUGCUGCUGUUAGCUAGCUGGCUAACAACGUUAUCGUUAGCGGUAGCAGCUAACAGUCGCACAUGGAAGUUAAAGUGGUAAAAUGCUGAGUAAUUUCUGGGUUUCAGGACUCCUUCCUGCUCUACUCUAUUAAAGACUGCUGAAUGAACCCUAUACACUAAUGGUGGCUUGUUUUUAGUGAAACAACCCACAUUUAUAACUAUUGUUUGUAUAAUUACAUCACAUUACUUGCCACUUCUUUCCAAAGCUCCCACAGGAGUAACUUUGGGGUGAAGUGUCUCACCCAGGGACACAACGACAUGCACUAUCCCACUGCGCCACAGCCUGUAACUUAACCGAUACGUAUAAAAAAGUGUGGUAGUUGAGGCUCAGGAGUGUGUAGUGUGAGUGCACCAACCCAGAACUCAUUUAGUUGUGUGUGUUAAGAGCUAAACUUCACACUGACCUGUGUCAUAUUGUAUUUCUGCUAUCUGACACAGAGCUGUGCGGUCACACGUCAGUGGUUACUCACACGUGCAUCCAACACUCAGACUCCCUGUGGUUGUGAUACUCCCUGUCACGCCUCACUAUGCUGGCCUCAAUAGGACCGCCGGUCUAUCAGCCAGCAUUGAUCCCCUCUGACAGAGCAGCGCUUUAUUCACACCCUCUGACCCUCUACUUACAGUUCAAGCUUCAUGAUUAAGUUUGUGGUUGAUUAUAUAGAUUUUAAUGAUUUUAGCCUUAUUUUAUUGUACAUUUGUAGAACUAUGUAGGAAGAAUUGUAAAAGUAAUGUACAAACUUUGAAUAAAUCAUGUUAACCUCGCUC